AUGUCUGCCCUUGACAUAACUAAUGCACAGCUACAUGACUGGUCGUCAUUACUUGCAGACGUCAUUGCGCGAGGGUAUGAUAUCUUUUCCAACUCCCAGGUUUACGUGUUCACAGAAAACCUGGAGUUGAUUCUUUCAAACUUUGGCGACGCUGACGAAGCUUGGUAUUGCGCCUGCUGGUGGGUCGACAUGUUGGAACAAGCGCAGGUUAAUAUGUCAACAUAUGUGGAAAUUGCGGUGAAGUAUUGCUUUGACACAUUGGUUGAAACCAAGGUCUGGGUUGGUUAUGGUCUGAAACAUACGAUUAUCCCACGAGUGCUGCUCUUAGGGUAUCCCAACGGACGUAUGAUUCCGUAUUGGAUUGAGCGCGUUGACAGCUCAUGCCUGAUGUACGAACUAUUCAUUGAGUUCCCGGCCUUGCGAGGUGCAGACAAAACGUUGCAAUGGGGCGGUUGGCCUACCUAUGUUGGUAGGUAUCGACAUUGGAAGGAUGGAGGAGAUAUGGCUGCAUCAGUCCCAGCGAUGAAGUUUUGGCCAAUUGCGCCUUCUCUUAAUCGAUGGAUGUUGAAAAACCUCGGCGGCGGCGACGAUGACAGAAUGGUGGCCAAGGUUAAACUAAUUAGCAGAAUGGGUUCAUCGAGUUAUUGACUUGAGGGAAGAUCGCUUUGAACGAAAAUGGCAGCAUAAACGUCAAAAGUUUAACUGUAAUGGAAACAGACGGCAAAGAAUGUCUGGACCAUGGGUGGAAUGAAAACGGACUUUCGAGGGUUUAUUAUUUAUACACAGUAA